AUGCCUCUCCGCCGGAAUCAAAAACACACUUUCUCCUCAAGCAAGGCAAAUGUUAAGCACUCUGGCUCAGGGAUGAAUAACAAAGGUGGUCCUACACCCAAGCCCAUGCUGGUCAACAAUGCCCACCUGAUGGGCGAACUGAUGCCUCCGCCUGAAUGGCCGCAUCCCGCGCCUCCCCUUUCUAUGUCGGCAUUUCCAAAAUCCGAAACAGAGCCGACGUCAUACCAUAGUAUGACCAUAACAGAUGACCAUAGUAAAGGAAGCGACAUCAAGAGGCGCAAGCUUAUGGCUGUUUCCGUUGAAGAGAACCCAAUCAACCCGCCUGGCUUCCCGUCACGUUUAACCUCGGGCUACGACCACUCAGAGCAACCCAAUCCAACUAGCUCAUCGCAGCCUGCGGAGGGUCAAAGUGUUCCGACUGGCCUUGAUCUCGACUUUUCGGCCCUCGAUAACCCAGAUAUUCUCGAGAGCUUCGAUUUUGAUACAUUUUUGAAUACCGAUGAGUACGGCACGGGCUUUGGUUUAGAACCCAAUAUGCCCCAUACCGAUGAGGCCCGAUCUGACUUGACCUAUCCGCCUCCCUGGGCCUCUAAAAAGUCCGAGGUGAAACGUCGUCCUACGUCGAAAGUUCGGAUGGAACCUGAAUCUGGCUCUAAUUCCAAGGCAUCUUACGGUCAUGCUACUGGGAUGUCAUCGAUUUCAUCAGAAGCUGUUGACGAUAAUGGCCGAGCAGAACAUCAUAGCAACGGAACUGAGGCCGUUGAAGAAGUACAAAGAUUACGCGAUCGGAUCGUCGAAUUGGAAUCACAGCUCCAAAAUUCUGCCGGCAACAAACAAAGACGGAAGCCUCCACGACUUCAAGUGCUUUAUCGCCUCCAGGACGGUGACCCUGGCGGGUUCUCGAAUGACGACACCCCAUUCGAGGAUGAACCAGAGAUAACUCAAGACAAAGAAGAUAUUGCUUGUUUGCGAUGCCGGAAUCGAGUCAGUAAUCUCGAGCUCUAUCUUAUGAGACACCCAGAUAUAUCAUUUGUGGUCUUUCGCACCUAUCCAAAGACCAUUCAUCUUGAGGGUAUAAAAGGGCACCAUUGCUCCAAUCCUAUUGACCAGCUCCGUCUUCCAUCUCCAGUGGCUGAAAGCAUUCUUCCGGUCGAAAGAAAUCUGAAGCAGGCCUUGAACAUGGUACUCGAGCGAAAGCCCGAAUUCAGACAGAUUCUCGAUAAGUAUUUAGAAACCGACGGUCUUGAUGCGCCAUACCUUUUCAUUUACCAUAGCCGCAGCGACCUAGAGGAUAUCCGAUCACAUCUCUCCCCCGAGGCUUCAAAGCAGCUUGGGCUUCUCGUGGGGUAUGUGAAGUCUACGCUGGGGCGUGAAUAUCAUGCGGCGGAUGAGAUUUUUAAGAAAGGUAAAAUGGCGCCAGGAUAUAUCCAAUACCUGGUUAAACCAGGAGAUGUACUGGUCGAGAAGUUGGGGAAGGGUUACACAGGAUUUAUCGCAGAAUCCUGGUUAUCCUCAAUGCAAAAAUCACCCUCCACCUCCUCCACCUCCCCGGGCGAGCAGGGUUCUAUCGUUCUUCCUCACUUUCCAGAGGGAUCUCAAUCUGAAUUCGGCAUCGCAGAAGAAAUGAAAGAUGAAUCAUUCAUCUUAGAGCACCCGAUUGAUCUCCGGCCGCUGCAAUCUCGUAUGAAAUAUACAUGGACAUUCAUGGGAAAGACCUUGGGUUUUAACGGCUCCUUUUUCUGGAAGACAAGCCAGUUGAAGAUUGAGAUGUCAGCCGACUCUCUUCAAGAACCCAGCGCCAUCGCCAACAUGAACGUCUUUCCUCUUCGGUAUGCACCUGGGGAAAUAUCCGAAAUGCUUCAACGGCGAGGGUCGAUGUUCUGGAAAUGUCGCACGAAGAACCUCAUUUCUUACCAGCCUGGCGAUGAUGACGAAUUCAGCAAAAUGACGGAUGACCGAUACAUGAUUGAUAUGCGCACGUUCCGCACUCUUCAUCCUCAUAAUACCAUUUCGCUCGGAAAAACGGGCGGUAACCUCAGCUUGGACGUGAUCAGGGAAGACGAACGCUUUCAAUAUCUCCUUCCGCCCCUCAUUAAGGGGUACAAUCUCCGUCGAAAAGCCUGGAAUGAUCUUGCCGUCGACCGUAUCUCUGACGUGAAAUGGAACCGGGAAGCAUUCCAUUCCCUCGUCAUCGAGCACAAAGCCAAAAACCUCAUCGAAGCUCUCGUCGUCAGUCAGUUAGAAGAAGAAAAAUCAACUGAUCUAAUCAGCGGCAAGGGUAACGGCUUGAUAUUAUUAUUCCAUGGCGGUCCAGGGACCGGAAAGACUCUUACCGCCGAGGGAGUCGCAGAGAUCGCCAAAAAACCCCUCUACCGUGUAACCUGUGGAGACGUGGGCACCAAGGCGGAGGAAGUUGAAAAAUAUCUAGAUUCUGUCCUGCAUCUCGGACGCAUCUGGGACUGCGUGGUUCUCCUCGAUGAAGCCGACGUUUUCCUCGAGCAGCGAAGCCUCGAAGAUCUCCAGCGCAAUGCGCUUGUCUCUGUUUUCCUGCGCGUGCUGGAGUACUACGAGGGAAUUCUUAUAUUGACGAGUAAUCGGGUUGGGACAUUUGACGAAGCCUUUAUCUCUCGCAUUCAGCUGGCCCUACAUUACCCCGACCUGGGCCCACGUCAAAGACGUCAGAUCUGGCAAACCUUCGUUGAUCGACUCGAGAACCUCGAUGAAGAUAUCGACUUCGCCAAUCUGCGCGAUAAUCUGGAUGCCUUGAAACUGGAAAACCUGAAUGGACGCCAAAUCAGGAACGUUAUCACCACUGCUCGACAAUGUGCCAAAUGGAAGAACACGACUCUCACUUAUGAGCACCUGAAGGAUGUAAUUGAAAUCUCGGGACGCUUCGGGACCUAUCUUCAUGAUCUCAGGGGCUUUUCAGAAAAUGAACUCGCGAAGGAUGGUGGAAUACGGUGA